CGCUUAAGCCUCCCAGUUGUCCUGUCCCGGGUUUCCUUCUUGCCCUGUCUAUCGCUUUGAUUUUCCAUUUUCAUGCCAAUUACCAUCCGAUUCCCCACUCUGCCCCAUGAAGUUGGCAUGGUUAGAAGAUAUUGUUGCUGCCCUUUUAGCUCAUUCCUUUGCUCCGUUGCUUUCUAAACCUUCAGCCAUCCAUCGAUUUGCUGCCCUUCUGAUCAUCUAUUUUCAUCCUAAUUUUUUCAGUAUUGCUUCUUGUCCUGGGAGUGUAUCUUUCUUCUUUUAUGGUCAGGUAUAAUGGCGCAGCAGGGAAACAACCUGCCUAGGAGGCUGUUGGUUCGGAUCCCCGUUGGUGUGUUUCCCAGAAUAUGGGAAAGUCCUAUAUCGGGCAGCAGCGAUAUAGGAAGGUGCUGAAAAGCAUCCUCUCAUACUGCACGGGAGAUUUCAAUGAAUGAAACAUGGCUGAGGACCCACAGAGAAAUUUCCGAUCAGUCUAUUAUGAAAAAGUGGGAUUUCGUGGUGUUGAAGAAAAGAAGUCAUUGGAAAUCCUUCUGAAAGAUGAUCGGUUGGAUAUCGAGAAGCUUUGCACAUUUAGUCAAAGAUUUCCUCUCCCAUCCAUGUAUCGGACCUUGGUGUGGAAGGUGCUUCUAGGAAUUCUUCCUCCUCACCAUGAGUCUCAUACAUUUGUGAUGAAAUACCGAAAGGAACAGUAUAGAGAUGUGUACCAUGCUCUCCAAGUAAUUCGCUUCAUUAAAGAUUCUACUCCACAGGUUGAGGUUUUCCUCCGGAUUCAUCAGCUGGAGUCAGGAAAGCUUCCUCGAAAUCCAUCUUUCCCUUUGGAACCUGAAGAUGAAGUAUUCCUUGCUGUUGCUAAAGCUAUGGAGGAAAUGGUGGAAGAUAGCAUUGAUUGCUAUUGGCUUGUCAGUAGUUUUGUCAAUCAGUUAAACAAUAAAUACAAGGAUUCAUUACCACAGCUGCCAAGAAUUCUGGAACAGUACUUGAGCCUUGAAGACAGCAGACUCCUAACACAUCUGAAAUCAUGUUCAGCAAUGGGGCAACUUCCCUAUAAUCUUUGGUUUAGAAAGUGUUUUGCCAGCUGUCUACCUGAAUCCAGCUUACAAAGAGUUUGGGACAAAGUUAUCAGUGGCUCCUGCAAAAUUCUUGUCUUUGUUGCUAUUGAGAUCUUAUUAACCUUUAAAAUGAAGCUGAUGGCACUGAAUACUGCAGAAAAGAUUGCACAGUUUUUGGAAAAUAUACCUCAAGAUAACACUGAUGCAAUUGUGAGCAAAGCUAUUGAGCUGUGGCACAAACAUUGUGGAACCCCUGCACACUUAGUCUGAGACCAUCCUGGCUACCAGACACUUCAGGUUUUUAAAAAGUCUAUAACUUCUCCAUGCUCCCUAAAAGUACCCAAUUAAAGUUAUUUCAACCUUG